UUGCUUUGGAGUUGUGCGCAUCACUCUUUCUCUCUCUACCGCGGACUUUUACUUUCUCCCUCAUCCCCCACCGAGUCAUUUCUCACACCAAACCAAAUACAGUACUGUUGAGAAAACGCCCAAUAAAGAAAUUCGAUUUUUGUUGGCUUUCCUCACGGAAGCAGAGAAAAGUUGGAGUUUUUAUGCUUGUACGAGUCGACUAGUGGUAGUGGUGCCGUGGUGGUGCGAAUCGCAGAGAAUAUUAAGGGCGCCCGAGAGAGAGAGAGAGAGUCAGAGGACAAAAGUGUAGAGAGAGAGAGAGAGAGAGAGCGCGCGAUUCGGAAGAAGGGAGGCGGCGGCGAUUCAGUGUCCGUCCAUAGUUCGCUGCUCUCUCCAGCGGGACGGCCGGCGCGACCUCGGCGGCGAUUUUGUCGUUGAUCCGCGUCCUAAGUUAUUCCAAGAAGUUCUUAUUUGGGGGUAGCAGCACCAAGCUUGUCUGUGCUGUCAUGAAAAGAUAAACUUGGUAGGCGUCCGACGUUCAAGUUUCAGCAUGGGUUCAGGAAAUCUGGUGAUGAAGAAGGCGGUGAAGCCGAGCUCUUUCGACCUGGACAUACAACUUGACAGAAGCUGGAUAGAGGAUGUUACUUGCCCGAUAUGUCUUGAUUUUCCACACAACGCGGUCUUGCUGAGGUGCACAUCUUAUGAGAAGGGCUGUAGGCCGUUCGUAUGUGACACCGACAAGUCCCGUUCAAACUGCCUUGAGCGGUUUAAAGGUGCUCAUGGGCAGCCAGUCAACGUGAAAGUCUCAGCUGUUAAUAUCGCUCCUCGCGAUAGCAUCCAUAUCAUCUCAUCAAAUGCAAACAACCACCCAGCUUGCCCAUUGUGUAGAGGCGAUGUUAUUGGGUGGGUUGUUAUCGGUGAGGCCCGCCAGCAUCUUAACCAAAAGAAAAGAUGUUGUGAAGAGAGUUGCUGUUCAUAUGUUGGCAACUUCCAUGACCUCCAGAAGCACACCCAGCAGAAGCAUCCGAAUUCCCGCCCUUCGGAAAUUGAUCCCGCUCGCCGAGUUGACUGGGAGAAUUUCCAGCAAUCGUCCGACAUCAUAGAUGUCUUGAGCACGAUACAUGCACAUGUGCCCAACAGUAUAGUUCUGGGAGAUUAUGUGAUCGAGUAUGGGGAUGAUGAAGCUGGUGAUGACUAUGAAGUUCUCCACAGGGUCAGGGGAAACUGGUGGACGUCCUGUAUUUUCUGCAAGUCAUUUGGAUCUUCGAGAGGCCGGAGAAGAGCAAGGACAAGAGAAAGGAGAGGUAGUGAAAGCAGGGGCGUCAGCAGGUCUACUCAGGAAAGGUUUGCUGUCGAGGUUCCAGCCAGAUCCGUUGGCAUAAGAGAAAUCAGAUUCGGUGGAGUAGAUGAUGAAUAUCUAGUUACAGGGGCAUCCAGGAGAAUGACCAGUCAUUACAGGGAUGCCAGGUAUGUCCGCCGACGCCCGCAAAUGUAGGAUCAAGAGGCGAGAAAGAAAGAUCAGCCCUGACAUACAAUCCUGCAACAAUCAGAACCGUUCCAGCUCUGCUCACUUCAUUCUUUCUACCUUCUCUUUGCUAUCUCAGCCCUAAUUCGUUGUGCAUAUUACAAGAUAGUAGACCUUCCCCUCAUUGUUCAAGCUUUUCAGGUCUCCCCAUCUUAGAUUCUUCUUGUAAAUAUCUUAGCUUUUACGAAGUACCUUAUAGUCUGUCUCGGUUUCUGUCUGAGAAACCACUAUGUAAAAACACCGCCGCGGAAUCUUCCGUGUGCGAUGAUUGUCAGGAAACCUUUCCAGUUGUUUUUUGUAUCUCCAAAAGAAGGUUGUGUUAA